AUGCAUCGUGUCUCCUGCAAACCUUCAAUUCUUUUGGCCAUUGUCGCCAGCGCCGGUGCGCGCGACAUCUUCGUUGCGCCGUCAGGCUCUGGCUCCGGAAGCAUCGAUGCGCCAUUCGGGUUCAUCCAGGAUGCCGUCGACGAAGCUGUCGCGGGCGACGUGAUCUACCUUCGGCAGGGCACUUUUGCGCCAUCUGCGAACAUCCAGAUUGGGAAGAGCGGGAGUCGGACCUCCCCCAUCUCUAUCCGCCCCUACGGGAGCGAGAAAGUGAUUGUGAACGGCGAGAACAUGCCAGGACUCAUCAACGGUCCAUACGGUAUCUACGCACGAGAUGCAUCCCAUAACUACUAUGAAGGCCUUUCCACACAUGACAACUAUGAGACGGGCUUCCAGCUUGAGGGUGCCUCUUCCAACAACACGGUGAUCAAUCUCGACUCGUACAUGAACCGCGACCCCCGCAAGAACGGCGAGAGCGCCGAUGGAUUCGCCUGCAAGAGCGGCCAAGGCGAAGGCAACGUACUGCGCAACGCCCGUCUCUGGAACAAUGUCGACGACGGCCUCGACUUGUACAUGUUUGCUUCGCCCGUCACGCUAGAGGAGGUAUACGCAUGGGGAAACGGUUACAACCGCUGGGGGUUCAGCCCCUUUGAGGGCGAUGGAAAUGGCUUCAAGCUCGGUAUCUCGGGCAACCCGCCUACAGACCAUGUUGUCCGCAACUCGAUCGCCUACAAAAACUACAAGAAGGGGUUCAUUGACAAUGGAAACCCCGGCUCCAUCACAUUUGAGCGCAACACGGCCUGGAAAAAUGGCGACACGGGAUUUGUCAUGCGCAGCUCAUCGUCUGACAUGCGCAAAAACCUUGCCGUAAACAAUUCCAACGGCCAGGCCCAGUUGAUUGGCGCUGUCGACUCGUCGGGCAACUCAUGGGACUCUAACGACAACUGGUCGGACAGCGAUUUUCAUCAGAGACGUCGCGCCAUUGCUUCCCUUUGGAAGCAGAACCAUCUUUAG